CUGAACUCGAACUCGAGAAAGAAAGCACCUAUAGCUAAGGGAUGGUGAAUUAUGUCUUUUCCCUUCGCUUAAAGUACUUACAUAUUUGCUUGUCUUGUGCUUCCUUAUUUUCAAUCUUCGUAGUAGGACUUCAAACAUGUGGUGGAUAAGCUAUUAUCGACUCUAUCGGAUUCUUCUGUUGCAGUUGUCGGGUACGUAUCCAUAUAACUUAUUUCACAGUACAAAAUGCAUUUCUACUCGGUUGAGGAUCGAUUUUAUCCAUUAUGUUAGGCAUAAUCUGCCUAUUUCUUUGAUUUGGUAAGCAAAAUAGCUUAAUUAGUGCUAGGAAUAUUUCUCUAAGGUUUGAUAAGUGCUAAAAAUAUUUCACUAAGGUUUCGCAUGGUUGUUUAAAAUUCCAUGGCAGGACAACAGCUGAGAGCAGCCAUGAUUGAAAUUUGUGCUAAGUACCUACCUGAUGUUCCUAAAUAAAUUAAACAUCUGUCGGAAAAAUACGUUACAGCAAACCAUUUAAACUUUUACCCAGAACUCAUUUACUCGAUUUCUUAUUAAAUCAAGGCUCAGUGACGACAUUCGCAAGGCGCUCCUCGCUUCGCUCGCGCGGUUCAAAGCGCUAAACCUUCUAUGAUGAUAAAGAAUCCUUUGUGCUUUUUUGAAAUAUGAGGACCUAGCAAAUCAAUAGUUCACUUUCCAGUUUUAAAUAGGUUUCUAAGCUAUCGUUGCUUGUGCCUUCUCUUUAGGGCUCUAAUCCUUUUACAUCCCAAGAUUACUUAAAGUGUAAUAUUUAGGUCCACUUCACAGACAGGAAACUAUUCUAAUCGAUGGUAUUUUUGGCUAUGUCUACAUAAAGCUUAGCGGUCUGUAAUUGACAAACGAUUAACCGUGUGUUAUAGUUUUUGAGGGGAUUUGGAACGCACGCUGAUGUGACAGAUGUGUUUGAUGCGAUUGGUGUGGUGUGUUGAUAUUUGGCUUGAUUACGAAAGAAUAAAUGAUGAUCGGUAUGAGCAAAAAGCGACGGUGGAAACGAACACACAAAAGUUUCCUUGUGGUGCUGGUCGAUAUCUUUUAACUUGAGUGACUUUGAUUAUUGAGAUAGAUCGAUCUGCCCGCAAAUGGUGCGAAACUAAAAUUUAUAUAUGUGUGCACGACAUGCAUUUACGUGAGGAAACAUAUAUGCUAAUUAUAUAUGCUCAGAGUGACGGUUAACACGUUUAAAUUCUACAGCAGUCUAAAAGGAAGUUAUUUGUUAUGAAAUAUAAUCAUUUCGAUACUCACUCAUUUUUUACCUUUCGAUUGGCUGGACUUUUAGGAAUUCUACUGCGAAAAUGGACAAACAGUGCUCUUGGUAAUAUAAACGGUAAGUUGCCCUUUGCUCAUUUGAGUUGUAGCAAUAACUUUUCGUGAAAUGCAUAAAAGUAUCAUAUCUUUCUUUUCUUGCUGUCAAUAACGACACAAAACAAAAAGAGUAAUCAGAGCUGAGGAAUAUCUCUGAUUCUUGGGGUCAAUUUCGAGAGUGACGAUGUAUAUUCGAGUUCGUAAUUGCUGUACAUUCAUACAGCAAAGGUCAAAGUAAAAUGAUUAUAUUUGCAUGAGGCGACUAUUUUGAAAUCAAUCUGCGGAACUGAGGUCAUGUUUACAACUGGUUGUUUCGCAAUGAAGUGACAAGCGUUUUGUUGGUUACUUGGGUAAACUUUCUAAUUCACGUUAUUUUCCCCUUCAUGAUUGUCAUGUGCUCAAUCAUUUUCUUUUUUUAUAUUUGAUUGUUUCAUAGGUUUUCUUUCUUUUUUCUACCUUGCAGUCAGGCUAGUCGAAGGAAAUGCGCUCAAUAGAGGUCGUGUUGAAAUCUUGCACAACGGUGUCUGGGGAACAAUUUGUCAUGAUUAUUGGGAAAUGCCGGAUGCUGAUGUAUUCUGCCGCCAGUUGGGUUUCGAAGGUGCCCUUAUAGCACUCCGUUCUGCUGCUUAUGGAAAGGGAACUGGAGAGAUAUGGUUGGAUGACGUUGAUUGUAAAGGAGAUGAGCCCUCAAUUUUCCAGUGUGGACACAAGGGAUGGGGAAUUCGGAACUGUGAUCAUAGCCAAGAUGCUAGUGUGAUUUGCAUUCCAAUUGGUAAUUUGUUAAAACUAGAUGUUAGAGGAAUUAAUGUGAGUGCCAAAUAUCUCUUGCCUUCGUUAAACCAGGAUGCAAUACCAAAGUUCGGUGCAAUAUAGCUUUCUCACAAAAAACGUUUUGUUCAUUUGUUUGUUGAACUCCUUUGGUUAGUUCUCAGUCAUACGUUUAUUGAAUUUCUUCGGUUAGUUCUCCAGUAGAAUUGUUGUGUUAUUGGACAGACAUGUGACAAAAGACAAGUAAAAACCAACGCGAAACAAAAAAUAUAUUUCCACUUUGUUUUUAAAUAUUUUUGCAGAUCUGAUCUAAUUUUUAUGUUUCCAACAGUUCGUUUGAGUGAAGGAGUGUUCUCCCACAAAGGUUUAGUUCAAGUUUACCACAGCAAAACGUGGGGCUGGAUCUGUAAUCAGGGUUGGGAUAAACAAGAUGCCGACGUGGUUUGUAGAGAGUUAGGUUUCACAAAGGCUUCUAUGGUUUACGGCAGUUUAAAAGAUAAAGGUGGUGUUAUAUGGAUGAAAAAUAUUCAGUGCAUUGGCAAUGAAACGUCACUUGUCUUAUGUGACCAUGAAGACUGGAAGAAACAUAGCUGCACAAAUGGUCAACUCGCAGGUGUGGAGUGCAGCGUACCUGAAGGUAGGAGUAUCGUAUCCAAAGAAUAACAAAUAACAUAAUUAUGGUAUGGUUUUGAAGUUUUUUCACUUGCACCUUGAUCAAUGAUCAAAUUUGAUCAAAGUUUAGUCUUGUAGCAUACUUCUCCUCUAAAAAAGUAUCGAAAAUAUCCAUAAAAUCCUUAAGGUACCUUUUUGCAAUUUUUAAAGAAAAUUCCACAAAUGUAGCAGCUCUCUUUUUUUAUCCUGUUCGGAAAAAAAUUAUUUCACAGAUUUAGAGGUGUGCCCUGGCUUGUAAAUUCGAUACUUUAACCAACUUAAUCCGUUUUUAUGGCAAAGGGUGUAAACAAUGCAAGUGAACAGAAUCAUAAACUCUAACGAAAAGUGAUGGUUAAUUCCUUGUAGUGUUCACAACAUUCGAACAGAUGCGUUAGGCUUAGCAACAAAAUCUUUUCAAACCAGCAAAGAUCAAAUGACAUGAAGGGUUUCAACUUUCAUAUGAAGUAACUGUGGCAUCUGAAAGGUAAACAUUUAAUAUCCCCAGUAAGGUUAGUUGGCGGGACUGCCUCAUAUGAAGGUCGUGUCGAAGUAUCCUAUGAUGGCAGCUGGGGAACAAUUUGUCAUGAUUACUGGGAACUGCCAGAAGCCUCUGUUUUCUGCCGUCAGCUGGGAUUCGAAGGAGCGCUACUUGCUCUUCGUUCUGCUGCUUUUGGAGAAGGGUCAGGGAUCAUAUGGAUGGAUGAUGUCCACUGUGCUGGAAACGAAACAGCGAUAACGCAGUGUAAGCAUAGGGGAUAG